UGCAGCAGAGCUCCAUUGAAGCAGCAACUAACUCACCAAUUGCUUCCGCAAAUGCAAUUUUCGUUUCGAUUUCGCAAUCAAUCCUAACCUCAAAUUGAAGCUCAGCUGAUCCCUGCGAUGCAAUCGGUUAUCGAGAAGAAGCGGCGGCAAUCAGAGAUCGCGCGAUGAAGCUCUACAUAUCGGCGACCGGGAUUAAGUCGUUUUCCGGCGUUUUCCGGCGGAUGAAGUCGAGUAAGCGCCGAUUGUCUCACCGCACGAUUAGGCUGCUCGCCGGCCUACUUUUGCCCUUCCUUUUUGUUAGGUCUGCUCUUCUGGUCCUCGAAUCCGCCGCCCUAUGCUCUUCCCCUAUCGCUUCAGGUUGCCUCACAUGGCGGUUUUUUGGCGGGAGUGACGCUGCCUUGCUCAGAGAAGAGCUGGUGAGGGCCUUGCUGGAGGCCACUGAUGGUGGUGGAAUUGGCAUAGUUGAUGGUUCAAGUUCUGAACCGGUUUCAUUCCAGGAUCUUGUAAAGGACAUGUCUUUAAACAGACAGGACUUAAAAGCCUUCGCUUUCAAGACCAAGGCCAUGAUUGCGAAGAUGGAACACAUGGUAAAAACAGCUCAAUGGCAUGAAUCUAUGUAUUGGCAUUUAGCUGCUCAUAGUGUGCCCAAGGGCCUUCAUUGUCUUUCACUUGAAAUGGCGGAGGAGUAUGCUGUCAAUGCUGCAGCGCGUUCUCGAUUUCCUCUGCCUCAAUACAUUCACCGCCUCACAGACCCUUCGUUUCAUCAUGUUGUUCUUUUAAGUGACAACAUCCUCGCUGCCUCUGUUGUUAUUUCCUCCACUCUCAAAACAUCAAGCAAUCCCGAUAAACUGGUCUUCCAUGUGGUCACUGAUAAGAAGACGUACACUUCAAUGCAUGCGUGGUUUUCAGUAAACACAGUCGAUUCUGCUGUUGUUGAAGUCAAGGGCUUGCAUCAAUACGAGUGGCCUCAUGAGGUGAAUGUAGCUGUUAAGGAGAUGCUAGAAAUUCAUCACCAGAUCUGGAAUCACAAUUUCCGAAGUCUGAAGGAGGAUCUCGAAUAUGGGAAUGGAAAUCAUCACAAGCUGGAUGCCUUAAGUCCCAGCUCCGUCUCCCUCUUAAAUCACCUCCGUAUUUAUCUACCCGAGCUGUUUCCUGAUCUGAAUAAAGUUGUGUUCCUGGACCAUGAUGUCGUAGUACAACGUGACAUAUCGUCCCUAUGGGACUUGAAUCUCAACCAGAAAGCUGUGGCUGCAGUUGUUGAUUCAUGGUGUGGAACGGACUGCUGUCCGGGAAGAAAGUACAAUGAUUAUUUCAAUUUUACGAAUCCAAUCAUAUCGUCUCUUUCGGACAAAAAUCGUUGCGGAUGGCUUUAUGGGGUAAAUGUUUUUGAUCUACAAAGAUGGAGGAAUAGCAAUAUCACUGCAGUUUAUCAUCAAUGGCUUAAACUUAGCCUCAAUUCUGGUUUUGAACUAUGGCAUCCGGGAGUACUUCCACCCGCCUUACUUGCCUUCGAAAAUCACGUGCACCCUAUUGAUCCUUCAUGGCACAUAGCUGGUUUGGGGCACCGGUACCCACGACUAGACAAGCACAUGCUAGAAACUGCAGCUGUUGUGCAUUUUAGUGGACCGGCAAAGCCAUGGCUCGAAAUCGGGUCAUCAGAGGUAAGAGAUCUGUGGACUAGGCACAUAAAUUCAUCGAAUCAUCAUAUUAGAAAAUGUGGAAUAGCGAGCUGAGAGGGUCGCUACUUAUAGGAGUUGUUUGAGGCAGAGGGAAGAAGGUCGAGCCUUCAGUCUCUUUUCAGGCAUUGCUCCUCUGUUGAUAAUAACACAUAUAUAUGUAUAUAUAGGAGACGCUAGCCGCGACAUAUCUCUAUAUAUUAUAUAUGUGUGUGUAUAGCUUAAAUAUCUAACCUACACAGCAUGAGUAGGGAUGUAGAAUAUGUUAAUACAACCAUAUAUUAUUUUGUAGCUUCAUCUACACAUACAAUAUCAAUAUUGUUACUCUCCUAUUUGAA